CCAUCCAAGGCAGUGUGUGUUGGAACAGCUUUAACGAUCUUUAUGAUCUCAGAUGCCUCUUCAAAAGAGACGCAAACUUGAUGAGCACUGGGAACUUCAGCCAUUCCGGUACGCUGUGUGUAAAUGGUGGGAAAAAUCCAGUGGUCUUCAAAAUCAAUGGAAAGCAUAGCAUCGAAGGAGAAGCUGCCUUUCCCGCUGUCGUGAAGAAUCUGGUUUUCCACGAAGUGGCGGUAGCGCUCAAGAGUUGUGGGAGUUUAUCCAAACCUGAAGCCGUGCUCCUGGGCUGUUUUUCUGCGGCGAACUGGAAGGAUGCCGGUGUUGUGGUCGGACAGGGCCAGAUGCGUGAUGGAACUGUGUGUUCUGGUGGCCGUGCUGGCGUCAGGCUGCGCGGGUCAGUACCUGGAGCAGAGGGAGCCUGGCUCAUCCUGCUACGGGGGAUUUGAUCUCUACUUCGUCUUGGACAAGUCUGGAAGUGUGCAGCACCACUGGAAUGAAAUCUAUUACUUUGUUGACCAUUUGGCUCAUAAGUUCAUCAGUCCUCAGCUGAGGAUGUCUUUCAUAGUGUUCUCCACAGAGGGGCGUAUCCUGAUGAGGCUAACCUCAGACAGGGAGAAGAUUCGAGCUGGGUUAGAGGAACUUGCAAGAGUGUUGCCUGGUGGAGACACAUUCAUGCACAAAGGGUUAACUCUGGCCAGUGAGCAGAUCUAUUAUGGAACCGGAGAUGGGUACCGCACAGCCAGUGUGAUCAUCGCCCUCACAGACGGGGAGCUCCGGGAGACUCAGUUUGACCUGGCGUCACGAGAGGCCAGUCGAUCGCGUCAGCUGGGUGCCACUGUGUACUGCGUUGGCGUAAAGGACUUCAAUGAUACGCAGCUGGCAACAAUAGCGGACAGUGAAGACCACGUGUUUCCGGUGAACGAUGGCUUUGAGGCACUGCAGGGUGUCAUUGAUUCGAUCUUGAAGAGAUCAUGCAUUGAGAUCCUGGCCGUUGAACCAUCGAGUAUUUGUGCAGGAGAGGUGUUCCAGGUGGUGGUGAGUGGAAAUGGAUUCCUGCACGCACGGAACGUGGAACAGAUCCUGUGCAGCUUCCGCAUCAAUGACACAGUCACUUUGAUGAAGAGACCACUGGUGAUUGAGGACACCUAUCUUCUCUGUCCAGCUCCAGUACUGCAAGAGGAAGGAACGACUGCCACUCUGUACGUGAGCAUGAACAACGGCCUGAGCUUCAUCUCCAGCUCCGUCACCAUCAGAGCCGAGGCCUGUGUGAGUAUCACGCCCCCACCACCGCCUCCACCUCCUCCACCUCCGCCUUCGUCUGCACCUCCUCCUGCACCUCCAUCUGCUCCUCCCUCCACUCCGGCGCUCUCAACCGCAUCCCCAACGUCACUGGCACCUCUCCAUCCGCUGCACCCGCAACGUGAUACUGACGGGACGUUCCUGGUGAUCGCCCUGCUCAUCCUGCUGCUGCUGUUGGCCAUGGCUCUGCUCUGGUGGUUCUGGCCUCUCUGCUGCACAGUGAUCAUUCACGAGGCCCCACCACCAGUUACAGAAGACAGUUCGGAUGAUGAAGAUAACGCCUACCCCAAAAAGAACUGGCCUACUGUGGAUGCAUCCUACUAUGGAGGACGAGGUGUUGGUGGCAUUAAGAGAAUGGAGGUGCGCUGGGGAGAUAAGGGGUCUACUGAGGAGGGAGCGAAACUGGAGUUGGCAAAGAAUGCCCAAGUGAAGUUGCCAGAACAGGAGUAUGAAUACCUGCCCUCUCGCACCCUCAACAAUGGUCGGCGUAAGCCCAUCAGGCCCUACAAAUGGUACUCACCAAUCAAGGGUAAGAUUGAUGCUCUCUUGGUUUGGCUAAGAAGAGGCUAUGACCGUGUAUCUGUGAUGAGACCACAUCCUGGAGAAAAGGGUCGCUGCAUUAGUUUCAGUCGGGUGAAGAGCUGCCCUCCACCUCGCUAUCCGGUCUACAACCACCCUUCCACCCCAGUCUACACCCUCCCCCACAGCUACAACCCUCCUGCCCCCCAGGGCAUGCUGCCCCCCAUCCCCUGCAGCUCAUCCAGCGCCCCCCCAACACCCACCUCAACCCUGCCCCCCUUGCCCUCCACCCCUCCCCCCACCACCAUCACCCCACCCCCUUACACGCCUCCCCCAACCAGAGAUCUGCUUCCCACCUCUGCCUGCCUGCCUCCGCCCCCUGCACCACCAUCGCCAGUUGGAACUCUGCCACCGCCUCCUCAGGCUCCUCCCCCGGGCAGAGCCCCUCCCCCUUCCCGUCCUCCACCUCGACCCUCUUCCUGAUCUCCACCCCGUGUGCCCGCGGGCGAGAGGACACGGACGCUCUGAUGGCAUGGAAUAGGCAUAGAGCGUGCAUGGAGGACAGGAACUCUGAGAUGAUGGCUCUCAAACCUCAAAGCACCAGCCAACCUGAAGGACUGUGGGCCACUGCACCCAUCACCAGCAAUUCUCUCUCUCUCUCUCAUUUCCCUGUCGCUCUCCUUUUCGCCCUCUCUCUAUCACUGUUUCUCUCUGUCACACUCUCUUCCUCCUUCUCUCUCUCUUGCACUUUUUCUCUGUCUCUCUUUCUCCCCUCUCUGUCACAAAGGAAUAGACUCGCAUGCAUUUGCAGGACAGGGCAUAUUUGGUUGAGGAAUUUUGCGCUGUAUGAUAUAUUAUCAUGCGUUUGUUUUUGAUGUUCAGUGAUACUACAGCUUCCCACUCAAAUGCCAAGGGAAAUCCAGGGACAAAGGUUACCUGCGUGUAACUUGAAUAUAUUUUAAAGGGUAUAGAAGGGAUGCAGAAACUUUUAAGCAAAGGCUUCAGCAAUAUUAGUAAAGUCGUUUCAAGCUGAGAAAUCAGAAGUGUAGCCAGUUAGCAUUUUGCUUAUGUUCCUUGCCGGCGUUGGACAGACAGCACAGAGUGUUUGAGAAUAAAAUGAAUGGCCUGGAGGAGCCAGGAGAGUUAUAGAAAACAAUGCAUUAGCUUCUUGCCUUCAUGUUAACACUCAGUUUAUGAACAGGCCCAGACAGCUACUUAUGAACCUCCAUUUAAAUAAAAAAUGAAUAUACUGAUAUACUGAGAGGUUAAAUCACAACAGAGGCACA